GUCUGAGACAAAGAAUUACAAAAUUACACAUGUUUUGGAUUUCCCAUCCUCUCCACUUCCGCCACUACCUCCAGCUGCAUUUCCAUCUAAAAAAUGGAGAAAGAAAGUAAACCAGGACAGAGCCAGGUGCCGAGGGAAGGAUGACUGAGCCCCGCUGGAGGAGCAGAACUCUGUGGGGCAGAGGGUCCUGAUGGGCUGUGCUGCUGCCAUUUUGUUGAGCCUGAAGAGACUGCGGUGGGGAGCCUCACCUUCGUGGCUGCUGGGGAAGGGCAGCUGAGGGCAUAAGCCUAAUUCAGGGAAGAUCUGGAAGAUGGGAGCUGCUGCAGAGCCUCAUGAUACCGUCUUCUGUGUUUUAGCAAGUGAUCUUAGACUACCUGACUGUUGUUUAUUACUGAGAAUAUUACUCAGCACCGCUGAGAAGAGUCUGACUCUUCUUUAUACCCUCCUGCCAGAUAUUUAUAUACAUGAUGUGCAGAGCCCCAUUCCUGUCCCUGGGAGAUGGUUUAGCACCUGAGUCAGCCCUCAGGAAGCAAGAGGGGACCAGUCAUGAGGACCUAAAGAAGUUCUGGCAUGACCAGGCUUUCAGAAACAUUAGCAGAAACUUGCAAGGACGGGAUGGCCCACACAGAGAGAGCUCUGCCCUGGCUGCUGCUUCUGGCACUGGCCUUGCUAGGCAGCAGUAUGGCGGAGCGGGACUGCCGCGUAAGCAGCUUCAAAGUCAAGGAGAACUUCGACAAGACCAGGUACAGUGGCACCUGGUAUGCCAUGGCAAAAAAAGAUCCUGAGGGGCUCUUUCUGCAGGACAAUGUGGUAGCCCAGUUCACCGUAGAUGAGAAUGGACAAAUGAGUGCCACUGCGAAGGGCAGAGUCAGGCUCUUCAAUAACUGGGAUGUCUGUGCUGACAUGAUUGGCUCUUUCACUGACACACAGGAUCCUGCCAAAUUCAAGAUGAAGUACUGGGGUGUUGCCUCUUUUCUGCAGAAAGGAAAUGAUGAUCACUGGGUAGUGGACACAGAUUAUGAUACAUAUGCUCUUCAUUAUUCCUGCCGCCAACUAAAUGAAGAUGGCACUUGUGCUGAUAGCUAUUCCUUUGUGUUCUCCCGGGACCCCAAGGGAUUGCCUCCCGAGGCACAGAAGAUUGUCAGACAAAGGCAGAUAGACCUCUGUUUGGACAGAAAAUACAGAGUUAUCAUUCAUAAUGGAUUUUGCUCUUAAGGAGAUCCAAAACUAUGGAGAGAAAUAACACCACCAUGGAUGUAAAGUUACACAUUGAUUGGGUGUUCCUCUUAAAUGGCUUCAUUUAGAUUGAAUGUAUUUAUCUGAGCUGUGCAGCUCACCUUGUUAGUAAACCAAUGAAACAUUUUAAUAAACUUGGAUUACAGGGGAUGAAAAUUGCUUCUAUGCAAAUCUGUACAUAUGUAGACAUUGGGUUUAUUAGUAAACCAUUAUCUUAAUGCACUGUUUUGAACUGCUGACAGAUGGUGAUAAUUAAGAAUUUACUCUUUCUUUUUUUAAUGGUUUCAAUUUCUGAAGAAAAUUUUUAAUUAAAAGAACCCAAAA